UUGCGCGUGUGAUUCUCAUUCUACAGAGCUCACUCUCCCUCCAAUGGAUCCCCAAUACGAACAACGGCUCAGAGACGAGGUAAUUUACCUCCAUUCCCUCUGGCACCAAGGCCCCCCUAGAGCAGCCGCCGCCGCCGCCUCCUCCCCCGCUCGCCACCACCUGCAGCCCGCAAACGCCACCCAAUUCAAGAAAGUGAAAAAUCGCGGAGCCAGAAACAAGAAAAACACCGCGAACAAUCCCGCCACCGCCGCACCAGAACCAAUUUCAUCCCCCGGCAUCGAAUGGAAGUGCCCAACCCCUCCGCCGCCGGCUUCCGCUAGCGGCGGCUGGCCUAAUUUGGCAGCAAAACCCGACCCAAACCCUCUCCCAUUCUCCCCCGAAGACCAAUUGAAAUCGGCCGCAAGGCGUGCCCAUCACCAUGCAAUCAGGGCCGUCCAUGAAUUCUUUAGGUCUAACAGCGAUGGUGAUUCGGAUGCAAUUGAUAGCAGCAGCGAUGAGGAUGAUGAUGAUGAUUCGAUGGAUGAAGACUGUGGGCGCGGUGAGUACAGUUUUUUCUUUAAUCUGUUUAAGGAGGACGCCGAAUUGAGGGAUUAUUAUGCGAAGAAUUUCGCUAAAGGGGAGUUUAGUUGUUUGGUGUGUGGUGCUGUUGGGGGAAAGAAAAUGGGGAAGAAGUAUACGGGCUGCUUGCCUCUCGUCCAACAUUCGAUAUCGAUUGGCAAAACGAAGAAGAAGAAGAAAGCGCAUAAGGCGUUUGCGCUGGCUGUUUGUAAGGUUCUUAGUUGGGACAUCGAUCGGCUUCCCGCCAUUGUUUCUUCGCUUAGCGAUAAACCCCGCGAGGCUGAGGGGAAUGGUAAGAACAAUGUUGAUUUUGUCGAGGGUGAUACUGUAGAGGGUAAAAUCGACAAUGCAGAUCAAGAAAGUGGGCUUGUUGUUACUGGGAAUUUAUCCAAUGCCGAUGACGGACAUAUGAAUUCAUUGACAUGUCCUAGUCCGGAAUGGAAGUUGCCAACCCCACCGCUGGCGGAAGCCGCCAGCGGCUGGCCUAGUUGGAAAGCAAAAACCGACCCAAAGCCUAUUCCAAUCUCCCCUGAAGAUCAGUUAAUAUCGGCUGCAAGGCAUGCCCAUCAGAAUGCCAUCAAUGUUGUCCGUGAUUUUUUUAGGUGUAAUAAUAACGAUGAUGAUUCUGAUGCAAUGGAUUGUAGUAGCGACGAGGAGGAUGAUGAUUCGUCGAAUGAAGACGAUGAUGCGCGCGAUGAAUACAAUUUUUUCUUUAAGGUGUUUAAGGAGGAUGCCGAAUUGAGGGAGUGUUACGAGAAGAAUUUCGCUAAAGGGGAGUUUAGUUGUCUGGUGUGUGGUGCUAUUGGGGGCAAGAAAAUGGGGAAGAAGUAUACGGGUUGUUUGGCUCUCGUACAACACUCGAUCGCCGCUGGCAAAACGAAGAAGAAGAGAGCGCAUAAGGCGUUUGCUCUAGCUGUUUGUAAGGUUCUAAGUUGGGACAUCGAUCAGCUUCAAACCGUUGCUUCUUUGCUAAGUGAUAAAUCCGGCGAGACUGAGGGUAAUAGUGACAACAAGGAGAGCUCGAGGACUGUCGAUAAUCUUGAUUCUGUAGAGGGUAAAAAUGACAAUGCAGUGCAAGUAAGUGUACCUGUUGAUUCUGAAAUUUUAUCCAAUGACGACGACGGAAACAUGAAUUCAUCGACAUGUCCUGCUACAAAAAACUCGGAAGAAAUCAGUAUGGUCCAACCACAUAAACGGGAGGAGCCUGCAGCAGAAGGUUUGGCUAGUAAUUCAUCGACAUGUCCCGAUGAUAAUAAAGUCUUGGAAAAUACUGAUAUGGUCCGUCCACGUAAAGGGGAGGAGCCUGCAGCAGAAGGUUUGGCUAGUAACUCGUCGGCAUGUCCCCAUGUAGAUAAAAACUUGGAAAACCUUGGCAUGGUGCAUCCAGAUAACGUCAAGGAACCUGCAUCAGAGGGGUUGGUAGUUGUGCCUCUCCAUGUAAACACAAGUGUUGUAGAUGAAAUGCCAGAUUUGCAGACGGGUAACGCUAUCCUCACCGAGCUGAGCAAAGGCGACGAAAUUUGAAAAACGAAUAGUCGGAUAUGGUUUAUGGAUGAUGCAAUUUAGGUUUUUUUUUUUUUUUUCCUUGAGUUGAUAUGAAUAUUAGAAUGUUUAUCAAUAUAACUAGCAGAAGCAUCUUGUUUGUAAACAAGCUUUUAGGAUUUAGUACUCUUCUCUUUGCACAUUGGCCUAAGUAUCACUUGUAUCAAGAGGUGGAAAUUGGAACCGAAUUUCUGAUCCGUUUCCGAUCCAAAAUUUUCGAUUUUGUAACAAUAUUUUUCAUUCGAAAUCCCAAAAAUUGGAUUUCGAUGUUUUUGGAUCGCAAUUGAAAUAUCUACAAGAUUCCGAUUUCCGA